GGAAGUGCCCGGCCAGCCCUUCCCGGAAGUGGCCUCCCAGGAGGCGGAUUGGCUGGGCCCGGCCGGCACGUGACUCGGAGGGCCAAGAUGGUGGAGCCGCCGAGCGUCUCCCCGGAGGAGCCCUGGGGGGGCAAACAGGUCGACCCAUCCUUUAGUGACAACGGGCUGGAUCCUGCUCUUUUCGCGGAAAGCAGGAGGAAAGGGAGCAUCGUUUCUCGGGCUAACAGCAUUGGCUCCACUAGUGCCUCUUCUGUUCCAAAUACAGAUGACGAAGACUCCGACUACCAGCAGGAGACCUAUAAAGAAAUAUACAAGGACCGUCGUCGUCGUGCUCACACCCAGGCAGAGCAGAAGAGGAGGGAUGCCAUUAAGAAAGGCUAUGACGACUUGCAAGCGAUUGUGCCCACGUGUCAGCAGCAGGAUUUCUCAAUAGGCUCUCAGAAGCUCAGCAAGGCAAUUGUGCUACAGAAGACUAUUGACUAUAUUCAGUUCUUGCACAAGGAAAAGAAGAAGCAGGAAGAAGAGGUCUCCAUACUCCGGAAAGAUGUGAUGGCCUUGAAAAUCAUGAAAGUGAACUAUGAACAGAUAGUCAAAGCUCAUCAGGACAACCCUAACGAGGGGAAGAACCAGGUCUCUGAUCAGGUGAAAUUCAACGUUUUCCAAGGCAUCAUGGACUCCCUCUUCCAGUCCUUCAAUGCCUCCAUCUCAGUGACAAGCUUUCAGGAACUCUCAGCCUGUGUCUUCAGUUGGAUCGAGGAACACUGCAAGCCACAGACCCUGCGGGAUAUAGUAAUCAGCGUCCUACAACAACUGAAGAGCCAGCUCUACUAACCCUCACUUUCAUGUCUGGUAGCCUAAGAGGUACAUAGCUGUAUGGGGACAAGAAAGAUGAUGCUCCUUCCUCUUUGAGUUUUUGAUAGACCUACUGACUGUAUUUUCUUCUGAAUUACUCUUCACUUGUGGCCCUUCAAGUGAGCUCCAGCUAGCCAAUGAAUAUCUUUGAGAGUCAACAACUGCAGUGGCUUGCUUCUGAGCCUUGUCUCUGUUGCGUUAGACCUGCAUUUCUGAGAAGUUCAUCUACAACAUGCCGCCAGCCCCAGGACUCUACAAGGAGUCUGGCUCCUUUCUCAAAGGCACAGACUUCCUCCGAAUCCUUCCCCUCAACUCGAUCUAAAGCUGUAAUCUUAAACUGUCACGUGAAUCUUGGCUUUAAAGAUGUUAACUAGAAACAAGCAACUUUAAAGCAGACUUUUGUGUAUGCAACUUGGUGUGCUAGGGAAAGCAAAAUUCAGAGCACAUAGCAACUCUAAAGCCCAGUUCUUUGAAAAAGCUUUAAGCUUUUGUUCAUUUUUCCUUAAUUGAUUUAUCAAAUCCUCUCGUGUGUUUAGGGCCCUAUUUUAAGUUCAGUGGUCUGGUAUGUUUAUGAACACACCUGGCCCUCAGGGUCAUUCACGGCUGAAAGGGGAAGAAGUAUUUUCAGUCCUUCCAAGCACCAGUAAGACGAAGCUAACCUCGAGGGAACUGCUGCUUUCUGUUUCUUUUUUCCAUUAUAAAGACAAUAAGCCCUUUCAGAGGUACCCCCUUUCUGGACUUAAACAGACCUCAGCUGUGAAAAUUUAAAAACAUUUUUAUAAUAUAAUAAGCAGUUCUAAUAAAGUUUGGCGUUUAUUA